GUCCUUGAAUUAUCUGAGCUAUGUAUUAUGCAAAUUAGCAAAGACUUGGCUCAAUGCGAGACAUUCGUACGUACCCAACCAGUCCCCGGUCUCGAUCGGAAUAUGCUGUCGUUGAUAUUUGCUGAUUUGCGUCAGCUACUGGAUCUGUUCCUCCGAGACGACUGGAAUUUGUACUUUGAGUCGCGAAAUAAAUCAACCGGUAAUCCCUACGAUCGUGUUCAACCCAGUGUGGCGAUCAAACUGUUGGAACGGGUACGUGACACAGAAAAGAAACGUGCCGGGUUUCUCAGCGCCAUGCGAAAAGAAGAACGCGGUCGACGAAAGAAAUUGGACGACGUGAUUCGUCAACUGCGCGAACUGAACGUGGCUCCUCAUCCGUGA